UUUGUGUGUGUUGUCUUUCUCGUGUGGUUUGACUGAGCUCAGCAACAGCAGCAGCAGCCCGAUCUGUGUUGUGGCCAACGCCAGCAGCGGCCAGAAGCGUUGUUCAAUGACCGCGACCCGACGACCGGUGGCACGAUCACGACCCGUCCUCGCAUGGUGUUGGUGGCUGCUGCUGUUCCUGCUGUGAGUGUCGAUUGUGUCGCACCGAGCAAAAUGGCCACCCUCGGCCUCUCCAAAGUGUUCAUCCUGGACAAGUACUUUACCGAGCUGCAAAAGUUCUGGGAAACGGAAAAGAAGCUGCAAGAUGCAUCCUCCUCCAACGAAGCCGUUCACCUACAGCAGCGACUCAAGAGUCUCAGCUCGGAAUUGGUGACUCUCCGGAAUCGACUGCACACCGGCGGUCAACCGACAGCCGGUGGUGGUGGUGGUGCUCCAAACGGCGGUGCCGUUCCGGUCGGUGCUGGCGGUGUUGUGUCACCGGCAGCCGCUACACCAAAUAGCAACAACUGCACAGGACAAAAUGGAGCAGCACAGCACAACACGGCGGGCACCGCCGUCGGUCUUGGGUCGCACGGUGGAACGACGGCCCUUACUACGGCCGGACUGCUCGCAUCCAACGUCAACGCCAGCAAUGGUCUUAACGGUGUCCUGCCAAACCAUCUUGCCAAUGGAUGCCCCAACAACAACAACUCGAACAAUAAUAAAAACAAUGCCGCAGCAAACAAUGCAAAGGUAAGAAGUGUCAAACGAUGGGAUCCUGUGAUGACAAUGAUGAUGAUACUGAUGUUCCCUUUUGCCGAUGAUUGUUGUUCUUUUCGCGCAGAACCAUAUGCUGACGGUGGCGGGCCAAUGUCUACCACCGAAUGCACCAGGAGCGGCCAACCUGCAGCACACCGGUCAACACAACGGCACCACCAAUGGCAAUGGCAUCCUGCCCGUCGUUUCACCGCGUAA